AAGGAAAACAACAAGCAGCGCUGCAGUGUUUCAUGUCAGACAUCAGUAAACGCUUUGAGAAUUGUAGACAUGUCGUAAUAUCAAGGUCCAAAGAGCGAUUAUAAGUAGACAGAGUAAUGGGGCUUUGUAAGAUUCAUUGUCGUUCACGAUCGCGUAAGAAAAUCUAGAUUUCUUUUUUUUUUUUUUUUUUCUAUUUGCUAUACAGCUGUCACUGCUUUGGCUGCAGUGUCAAUAACUAAGUGACAGACUUUCAGUGACAGACAAAUCAGGAGAGAUUCUGCAGUAUAUGUGGACAGAUAAUUGUGUAGCACUUCUGUGGUCUGGGCGGUGACAGCAUUUCGCAAUCCAGAUUUCAUUACUGUGCCGUCAGGAUGCCUGGGAUGGUGGUGUUCGGACGCCGGUGGCGGAUCGCCAGCGAUGAUCUUGUGUUUCCCGGUGCCUUCGAGUUAUUUAUCAGAGCUCUGUGGUGGAUUGGGACCUUAGUUCUGUACACCAACCAUAAGGAUCGAUUUGCCUGUCAAGGUGGAACAGUUCUGCAUAAUUACCUUGUUGUGCUUCUUGUUCUGCUGGCAGUCAUUAUCUUGACACUAUGUGCAAUUGUUUACAUCAGUGCUCAAGGAACCAUAGUAAAUCCAGGUCCUCGCCGCUCUAUGCCAGCCCUGGUGUAUCUCCGUGCCCUCCUGUACCUCCCUGAGUUUGUAUGGGCCUGUCUCGGGAUUGUGUGGGUCUCUGACAACAGUAUUGGAUGCAAGCCAGCAGAGGUCGGAGCUGUGAUUGGGGCUGUGGUUUCCAGGUAA